AUGCGCCAAAUAGUGUCUACCUUUUUAUUUGUAACUGUAGUCUCUGGGACUAUAAUCGUUGUUUCUUCCGAAAAAUGAUUCAUUAUCUGAGUUGGCUUAGAGCUUAGAACCUUAGCAUUGGUUCCAAUCCUUUGCUCAGGAUUCUCCCCACGAAAAGUGGAGGCGGACAAUAAGUACUUUCUUGUUCAAGCUUCAAGGGCUGCACUUUUGCUAAAAGGCGCCCUUGGACAAGCUUGGUUGACGGGAUCAUGAUCAAUCCUAGAUCCUGUUAAAGAGGUAACCUCCAUUUGCCUAAGAAUAGCCCUUGCAUUUAAGAUAGGCCUUGCCCCUGUCCACUUCUGAUUUCCAGAUGUUUUACAAGGGUUGCCCUUUUUCCAAGGGCUAAUAAUAGCCACUUGGCAAAAGAUAGCCCCUCUAAUACUAAUGUUUUAUUUUAGCCAGUUAGGUUUUUCUUACCUACUUAUAACACCUAGGUUAAUUUCUGUGCUGAUAGGGGGCUGGGGAGGGCUAAAUCAGACGCAAGUGCGUAAGAUUUUAGCAUUCUCUUCAAUAGGAAAAAUGGGCUGAUUAGUCAUAACAUCAGCUUACUCCUUUAACGCUGCGAUCAUUAUGUUAGUUAUUUACUUAAUUAUUAACACUUCUUUGUUUUUAUUGUUUGACCACUUAAAGGUCUCCACAUUGGGACACUUAAAAACUAUUUCUCAGCUUUCACCAAUUAGAGUUGCUCUUGUUCUCCUAGUGAUGCUCUCUCUAGGAGGCCUUCCCCCAUUAACCGGGUUUAUCCUAAAGUUUACCUCCCUUUAUUUCUUGGUUGCCAAAAAUUUUAUCAUUUUAUCUUCUAUUAUGAUAAUUGGAAAUCUUCAAGAUUAUUUUUUUUAUCUCCGAAUUUCGUUUAAAACUAGCUUAUUUCUGUUUCCCCAACACAUUAUUAGAUCCGCCUCAUGGCGAAAUAGGACAAUAAUUUCACCUCUCGCCCCAAAGGCAUGAUUAAGUUCGGUCUCCACUGUGUUGAGUACUCUUGCAAUACCCCUUACCCUCCCCUUAUAUAUAAUUACAUAG